UCAAGCAGAAUUUUGGGCGACAAUAAAACAAAAGGAUGUGAUGGAGUUCAAUCGAGAAAGUGAGAAGUGUUGCCUGCCGAGGGCCCGACGCUAGACUCUGCGUCGUCUUCGAAAUUCAAUUUCCGGGCUGCCGGGGUUUCACCGGAUCGCAUACGUCAUGGUAUGUGACGUCGGCACCGACUUCUUUGUUCAAGGCUUCCAUCGUACAUAUACAUGCAUGUGGCGAAUCGGCAGGAUGCACUGGCUUACAUUCCUCUUCGCGCUCAACAAGACGCCUGAUCAAAUAGUCUUUCUCCAUUUUCUUCUUGCAUGUAAUAUCCACAAGAUGUCCUUAACUAAAAUUGAUGCGCAAUCGUUGUAUAUCUACGACGAACAAUGGACUGCCAAGCAUGACUCAUUUCUGCUGGAGGCUUUGCUCGCGAAGAAGGACGAGUGCAGUCCCGUCCCGCCGCAUAAAUCGUUUCACGCGAAGUUGUGCGUGUUGGAUGCUUUCAACCGUGCCUUUGACACCAGCAUUGGGCUCGCCGAUAUUGAAGAAAGACUCGCUUUUCUCGAAGGUCGCCACAAGACCUUCAAGCGCAUAUCCAAGCAGAAUGGGACACAUUGGGACGUCGACAAGAACAUGGUUAUUGCAUCGGAAGUGGUUUGGGAAAAAAUCAUCAAGGACGAUGAGUUCGCCGAAGCUUAUUUCUGGAAGGGUGAACCUGAAUGGCGCAAUCUAAGCUUGCUUUUCGACCCAGACACUGUGAAAGCGGAGCCAUCACGUAGCCGCAAUGUAAUCAUCAUCAGCGAUUCACCAACUGCCAAGUUUGAACCGAGCGCAACCAUUCCACUCGAUUCUCCAUACUCAGAAGGAGAGGUGACCUCUCCCCCAUUCAUUGCGCCCCCGGUCUGCGGAUCGCAGAGGCGAUUGUCUUUCGAUGGCAAAAUCGAAGGCACUAGUAAGUGGCCUUCAAUCGAGAAAAAGGCUGCAAUUCCUAGAGGGAAAUGCUGUCCCAGAGGGAAAUGUUGUUGCUCGGGAGUCGGUGGAUCUCGGUCGCGAUGGAAAAGGCGAAGACUCUGGUGAUGCUGCAUCUCACGCUGUUGUGGAGGCUUCUUGUGCUUCGUCCUGGGCUCCUUGGCCCUAGGCAGUUGAAGCCUUAUUUAACAUUUCCUAAGUGCUUGCUUGUUGGUGUUUAUAGUUAUGUUAACUUUGGUGUUUCGAAGUCUAUGUAAGGCUAUUAUGAAGGCAUUUUGUUUUGUCAUUCCCCCUGCCCUUGUAAGGCUAUUUAAAUCUAUGGGGGGAAUAUUGUAAAUCAUCUUUUGACUAUUAUA